AUGCAAUUCAAACUGUUCGUCGCUCUCGUCGUGGCCGUUGUCACCGUUGCCGACAGGUGAGGGUGGGGGGAGCUAGCUAGGGUUCUAAUGGGUCCGCCGCGAUUCAUCUGUGUAGUCCCAGAAGUUAUCAACUAGUAAAAGAAAGUAUUAGGACCAUAGCCAACAGCUUUUCUCAUCCAAACUUUCAGUCUUCAUAGAAAUCCUAAUAAGAUCCAGAGGCCAGUAAAGUAUACUAAACUGUAAACCUGUAACUUCCGCUGUAACGCCGGGCUGUCGAUCAGAUACAGUCAAUGAUCAUGUUCAACAAUCUCUGAACAUCGAAUUGCUCAGCAACUGACCGUAAUCGUCUUCUUGUUUUUCCCGAGCACAGUCAAUGUGCUUCCCCGAUUUGCUCAUCAUCAUCGCUGAUCCCCUCCCUUCCAUCAAGUGUUCGGGUAAUCACACGCACACGAUGAAUAGUGAAAGGAGAUAAGUCGGCGCGCAUGUUUUUUGUUUUGAUGCGUAUCAACGAGAAUGCACAAAUGAUCUAUGAGCAGGUAGCAAAUACAAGUUUACAGCGUGUUCGCCCUGCCGCUCGAGAAGAAGGCCGACAUUUCGCAGUUCACGUCGGCCAUCAACGGCGCCGGACGCCUUCGGUACGGAAAACGAUCGGAUCCGGCCAUCUGGGAGGAGAAGUAAGUGUGCAUGACAGAGUGUGAAGCUUUCGAUUCCUUUUGUACCGCCGAUCCUAAGCUUGUGAGGCUGUAACUCAUGGAAGUUCGCAUAGAAAUGCUUCUGCGAGUUACUGUAACUAAAACCUUAGGAGCAGCGCUACAAAAACAGUACAAUGUACGUACCGGCUUCUCGAUUCUAGGCGCUGGUUCAAACCGCUUCCUUUUCUGAACUAUUUCCCUGCUUUCGACCGCAAAUAUAGGUAUAAACGCAUGGCAUGCACCUGAACUUUCGCUCAGUUCGUCGCAGAAUAUUUCUUUUCAAAAGAGCAAUAUGUUAACCGGAAGUCGAAUGCAUAGUUGAGACCCCGAUCUCUCACGUCAUCACUAUGUUUCCUGUUCCGAGAACUCUCUUUUCCCUCCCCUCGCGUAAUGUGCAUUCUUUUCAGCGCGCCGUCGUCCGUCGAGGAGUACGUCUAUCCGGAAGGCCGUUAUCCGUACGCUCUGUGAGUGGUGAUAAUAUGAAACGGAUUGGGAAAUUUUGGGGAGAGAUCGGACAGGUGGAAGAGAAACUCAUUAGAAACUAGUGCAUGGGUGAUUAAGAAUAGAACACACACGGGCGCCGCUGCGGUAGCAAUUCACCUGCAGUUCGGUGAAAGCACCUACAUUUCGGGUGUUUUCAGAAUCAAACGUGCGUUCAACACCGACUCACUGGUCGCUUCGCUCAACGCUGCCGAGAGAUUACGGUAAGAUUACUCUCAUACUUUUUCCAAUCGCUCUUCUUUUUUGUCAGCUUUGGCCGCAAGUGA